UUGCUGUCGAAGAGGGCGCGCGAUUCGGAGAUCUCUCCCGCUUGCGCGCACGCCGCGGCCAGGAUAUUCCACGACACUGUGUUUGGCUGCGCGAUCCCAUGGAACACUGCCCUCGCCUCGCCCAAGCUCCCGCACGCGCAGUACAUGAGGAGAAUGUGAUUCGCGAUGAAAACGCUCGUCCGCCGGCUCGAGGAGAGGAUCCGAGCGUGGAUCUUGCGGCCCUGGAUGAGAUCCCUGGCCCUGGCACACGAUCGGAGAAGAGAAGUGAAGGCAUCCUCGUUGAGCCAACCAAGGGCAGGGGGCAUUCAAAAUUCUUCACCAUUUUAGGGUUCUUGGAAAUUGUUAGAAAGAAGAAAAGAAUGAGCUGCAAUCGCGUUCCCGGGGGCGGAUGCCAGGGUCCCGAUGUGCGGCUUAUCGAUCGCGGCAGCCAUGUGAUUCUGGACAACGGGAUUGUCGAGGUGACGAUCUCGAGGCCUGGGGGCAUUGUGACGGGGAUUCGCUUCGGGGGCAUUGAUAAUCUGCUCGAGAUUCACAACAAGGAGACCAAUCGCGGCUACUGGGACCUCAACUGGAACGAGCCUGGAGGCAAGGACACUUUCGAUGUUCCCAGUGGAACAAUUUUCCAGGUUGUGUGUAGCGAUGGUGACAAGGUGGAACUUUCGUUUCUGCGGCCUUACAUUCCGGGAACUAAGAUGCUUCCUCUUAACAUCGACAAAAGAUUUGUUCUUCUCCGUGGCAACACUGGAUUUUACACUUACGGAAUCUACGAGAGGCCGGCUGGAUGGCCAGACUUCAACCUUAAUCAAACACGGGUGACUUUUAAACUCCGGAAGGACAGGUUCCAGUUCAUGGCAAUGGCCGAUACAAAACAGCGGCUAAUGCCAUCGCCGGAUGAUCGCUUGCAGCAACACUGCACGCAGCUAGCUUAUCCCGAGGCUGUUUUGAUUCACACUUCUCAAAAUCCUGAGUUUCGAGGUGAGGUGGAUGACAAAUAUCAAUAUUCUUGUGAUAACAGGGAGAACAGAGUACAUGGUUGGAUCUCAUGCAACCCCGCUCUAGGCUUCUGGAUAAUCACCGCCAGUGACGAGUUCCGCAAUGGAGGGCCUUUGAAACAAAAUUUGACUUCACACGUUGGCCCGACAUGUCUCGCUAUGUUUCACAGUGCACAUUACGCUGGCGCAGCCCUGUGCCCAGAGUUUCGCAAUGGGGAAGCCUGGACUAAAGUUUUUGGACCGGUUUUCAUAUAUUUGAAUGUAGCGGCAACUCAUGCUCAGGUGAAUUGUCGCUAUCUUUGGGAGGAUGCAAAGCAGCAGAUGGUUACAGAAGUGGGGUCGUGGCCUGUUCCCUGGCCUGUGUCUCCAGAUUUUCCCAAAUCAAUGGACCGCGGAAGCAUUUCAGGAAGACUACUAGUCAAAGAUAGAUUCGCGUCACCAACCCCAUUUGCGGGAUGUUAUGCCUUUCUUGGCUUAGCUUCCCCCGGUGACAAAGGUUCGUGGCAAACGGAGAGCAAGGGCUACCAAUUUUGGGCCCAGGCUGAUGCGGAGGGAUAUUUCCACGUCAAGCAUGUCAGAGCAGGCAAAUAUGAUCUGUAUGGCUGGGUGCCUGGUGUCCUGGGUGACUACAAAAAGGAAGGCAGCAUAGAUGUCCAUCCCGGGUCAUGGUUGCAACUGGGACAUAUAGUUUAUGAACCGCCCAGGGAUGGACCGACAGUCUGGGAGAUUGGAAUUCCCGAUCGAACAGCUGCCGAGUUUCACAUUCCGGAUCCGAACCCAAAGUAUAUCAAUAGGCUUUUUGUCAACCAUUCGGAAAGAUAUCGACAUUAUGGCCUGUGGGAGCGGUACUCGGAGCUAUACCCAGAAGGUGAUCUUGUGUUCACCAUUGGUAAAAGCGAUUGGAGAUCUGAUUGGUUCUUUGCACAUACUUGCCGAAUUGAAAAGGAUGGUAGCGUCAAACCAUCGACUUGGCAGAUCCGGUUUCAUCUGCCCUGCGUCCAAGGCGGGGUUUAUAAGCUCCGGUUAGCUUUCGCGGCAUCAAACAAUGCAGCCAUUCAGGUCAGAGUUAAUGACCCCAAUACAAGGACCACGGUAUUUGACACGAUGCAAUUUGGCAAGGACAAUGCAAUAGCACGCCAUGGAAUCCAUGGCCUCUACCACCUUUGGAAUGUGGACGCGAGGUCGGAGUUAUUCAGAGCCGGUGAAAACAUUCUCUACUUGACGCAGCGCAAGCCAACAAGUCCCAUUGUGGGGGUUAUGUAUGACUACAUCCGUCUUGAGGCACCUGGUGAGUGUUAGUACGAGAGCUAGAGGACAGCAGCUUUCUCUCGCGGCUUGCAAUCUUGCGUUUUGUCCUUCCCUCGCGCAUAUUAUAAUUUGUGGGGGCCUCUCCCUCUGGAAGGAAGCGUCCAAAGUGGAAAAAGAGCAAGGCUCGCUUGGUUUGUAGCAGCAGCAGAGGAGGGAGGAGACCUCUCUCUCUCUCUCUCUCUCUCUCUCUCUCCCUGAGGGGCUCUCCUUUAUGUCGCAAUCAGGCAACAAACACAAUUUGGCUCCUUGGCUCGCCGCUUCUCCUCUUUCGCCAGCUUUGCGGUACGAGAAAAAGAAAAGAAGUUAAGCUAUUCUUCUUC